CGCUAUGCUGAUGUCAAACGGGGCCAAAGUCUAUCCAAAUACUCUCACCCCAAAACAGUCGCCGUCACCGUAAACAACACACACUCAGAAACACAUACUAAAAACACAAUUUUUUUCCUUUUAAUUCUCUCUCAAGAACCGAAUGUCAAUCUCACCUUCUAUAAUACAUCAUCAUCAUCAAUCUGAAAUUCUGAAUCUUUAUUCCCACAAUCCCACGCGCCGCUCCCUCCUCCACGCGCAACCGCCACCUUUCUUUUUUCUCUGGCCUUUAAAAAAAGGAGAAAAAGGGGAUCCACAGUUAAAGAAGAAGAAAAGAAACUAAAGAGAGAAGAAAAAAAAGAAAGUUGGGACUUUUAACACUCAUCGCCUUUAUCGUGGGGUUUGAAUUCAAAUGCUCCAGCUGAGACCGGAAACCAAAUGGGUGGAGUGACGUCGUCCAUCGCCGCUAAGUUCGCCUUCUUCCCGCCGAACCCGCCGUCCUACACGGUGGCCGCCGACGAAUCCCGCGCCGGGAAGCUUCACAUGCCGGAGGUUCCGGCGAGGGACUCCGUCGACGUCUUGAAGCUCCGAACUCGGAAGGGGAACGAGAUCGUGGCCGUCCAUGUGAAACACCCGAAGGCGACGGCGACCAUGCUUUACUCCCACGGCAACGCCGCCGAUUUGGGGCAGAUGUUCGAACUCUUCGUCGAAUUGAGCCUCCGCCUUCGGAUCAAUCUGAUUGGGUAUGAUUACUCUGGAUAUGGGCGAUCAAACGGAAAGCCCAGUGAAUGCAACACAUAUGCCGACAUUGACGCGGUCUAUAAAUGUCUGAAAGAGCAGUAUUUUGUGAAAGAUGAACAGUUGAUAUUGUAUGGUCAGUCUGUGGGCAGUGGCCCCACUAUUGAUCUCGCAUCGCGCGUUCCGAAUUUGAGAGGCGUCGUUUUGCACAGUCCGAUAUUAUCUGGGCUGCGAGUGUUGUACCCCGUUAAGAAGACAUAUUGGUUUGACAUUUACAAGAAUAUUGACAAGAUCAGUAUGGUGAAGUGUCCUGUUCUUGUCAUUCAUGGCACAGCGGAUGAAGUUGUGGAUUGCUCCCAUGGGAAGCAGCUGUGGGAGCUCUGCAAGGAAAAAUAUGAACCUAUAUGGAUAAAUGGAGGUGGGCACUGCAAUCUGGAGCUUUAUUCAGAGUACAUCAAGCAUCUGAAGAAGUUUGUUCUGAGUCUUGGGAAAUCAAAGCCGGCUGCUAUAAAUGCAUCUUCUCAAAAGCCUCCAACUGCUGCACCAGUAUCCGAAAACUUGGCCAAAAUAGCCGAAAAUGGCCCCCCUCCCUCUCCUCCACCACCACCAGCAGCAGAUAGAUUUGAUUUUCGGCCUGAUGUUCCGGAAGUAUCUAGAAACAGUUUGGAUAGCCGUCUGGAGAAGUCUAAGAAGCCUAACAAGACCGAAAAGUCGCGAAUGAGCACUGAUCGCGUGGACAGAUUUAGGAGACGAAAGGGCUUAGUGUGGUGAGUGAGUGAGUGAUUUGCUUCUUCUGAUGAGAUAUACAUGCCAUAAUAGUAAAUCUGAGGUGAAAACAAGAAGCUGGUGAUCCUUUUUUCUUGUAAAAAAAAUGGCUGUUUAUUGUACAACCAGAAAGAGUUCUUCAAUAGCUUUGUCCUUCCUUUCUUUUAUUCUUUCCAUGUAUAAGUAGCCAUCCCCCACCCACACUCCCAAAUGCACAAGCUUGAGGUUGUUUCCAAUGUAGAGGCUCUACUUGGUUGUAGGAAAAAGUCUGGGUGAAAGUGUUUUUACCCUCCUCUCUGAUCUACCAUAAUUUCUACAACAAAUCUGUAAAGUUACC